CUCGUUGCUUAAAAUUUGACCCUGUUGUUAAAGGGUGUCAGGUGUUCGAAUCAUAAGGAGAUAUAUUUGGUCAAAGUAUACUAUACUGACACCAUCGAGUGAACCAAUUAGAAUGAACACAACCAUUUGUGAAUUCUGACACGAAAUCAAAGGCUCACCUAAGCAACCGAAAAACAGAGAAUAAGGGACUUUUCAAGCCCUUAUUUUCGUACCUCAAUAUUCUGGCUAACUCCACAAUGCUUGUGAAUUCACUCUGUGCGGAGUCUCAAAUAUUUAAAUGUAAAAGGUAUGGUCCAGAUCAACGUGGAACUCAUAAGGCAAUAUCUUCAAAUCAAUUGGGAUACUAUUGCAAACUUGUUGAGUAUGAAUUAAUUAGAGAGGUUAUCCUUGAUUUGGCAUAUGAAUAUGAACUUAACCUGUUGACCAGCUAUGAAAGUGAUCUUUAUUGUACAGUGGCUAGGAUAUGGACUGAAUGUCAUGUUUCUAAAGGAAUAGAAGAAACAUGUUUUUACAGUAAAGAAGAACAUGGAAAUAAAAUUAUGGAUGAUAUCCUUUCGAUAUUGCAUACACGGAUGGAAAAGAAGCUAAAUGAAAGACUGAGAUUGUUCGGUGACCACAACCAAGAUCAAUCUGAAAGCAAUCAUUCAGUUGGAGUUGAAAAGCUUCGAAAUAGGAAAACUGAACUCGCUACAGAACUUAGAAGGUUACAGGCAUCAUUCACAGAAAUCAUAUCAAGGAUAUACAAUACAUCUUCCCGUUUAUUUCGUGAAUAUCGACACGUAGUUUGGCCACGAAUGAGUCGUCAGGCAUUAGCAGUUUUAACUGAACAAGCCAAAGCCUUACUUUUGCGCGUCAAAGUUUUGCAGAAAUCCAUUGAAUAUUCCACUUCACAACCUUCAGAAACUUUAGAUAUCCUGAAGAAAAUUCAUAUUUUAAUGGACGAGAAUACCAGUGGGGACGACCAAAUGUAUUUGAGCACAAAAUUACAGAAUCUCUUAAUAAAAUCUGAGGACCAUACAGUAAACGCUUCAUUUGCAAAAUUUUAAUCAUUUGUCUCAGACUUGAUUCUUCCUUAGUUUCCACACUAAUAACUCACUGUUCUCGUUCUCUUCAAUCUCCUUAACCUUCUCUUGCCAGGCAUUUCACUCAUGACUGGUGAUACAUACUACUUACAUCUUUCGACGUCAGUAGCACACACCACAGUAUUACUUAUAUAACACGACAGUAUUUGUCACUCUACAACCCUACCACGUAUUAAUAUCAAUCGAUAAACCAAUUAGUGAUCAGAUUAAUCAAACCUCCAUAGAAAAAACCGCACAACAAGCCAACAGAGGCGAAAAUCUAGUACUUGAUGAGUAGACAGACGAAUAUUUACUGCAGUGUUACAUCAUUUUUAUUUUAAAGAAAUAACAAUCAGUCCACAUCUGAUUAAUCAGGCUUUCCAGGUGUAAUAAUUAUUAAGAGAUUAAAAUCACACAUUCUGUAUGUAUAUAUAAUUCUGACUUCUUUUCAAGUUGUAUUUUAAGGGCUUUAUUCGCUCGAGCCUAUUGAUUUAUCGGUUUGGCCUGAAAGUAGAACUAGUAAGUCUAUAAGCGAUACCAUUCUGUUUCAUCUGUCGGGGUUCGUAUGCGACAUUAAGGUAUGGAAAGUGUGAUUUGUAACAAGUACUAUCUGUACGUAACGAAGCUAUGACAACUAACAGGAUUAUUCAGGAGAAAUAUACAUGAACUUUGCUCACCGUGACCUUCAUAUGACGAAUCCACUCGGUCAACAGUGUUGCUGGAAGUUCAUUUUAUGAUCUACAUUUCAUCUUUUGUGUAUCUCAUUUCUUUCUUGCAAGGAGCUAAUUUAGUUCAAUGUAUCCCAAUUUAACCUUAGCAUAGUUUCGAAAUUACCAUGAUCAUCAUUAACGUUCAUGUUACUAAUUUAUAAACCUACAUAGCGUUUCUUUUUUUAUGUAUUCAAGAGAUAUACCACCUUCUAAUCAGAUAAUUCAUCUGUACAAUAACUAUUCUUACUCUAUGAUAAACAUGCGACUAUCGUUUUGGUUACUUAGCUUUUUAUUGCUAGUCACUACCCCAUUGUUUUUGCUUAUAAACCGCUACACUUUCACCGACUCGCAAUCCCUUUCGUUUCAACCACAACUGUUAUGUACAAAGUAUUCGAAAUUUUCUAACUAUUAAGUCAAAUCGGGUAGUUAUUGGCUUAGUUGUUUCCUUAAGCACAUUUUUCAUUUCAGGAUCCUAUUUAUUCUAUUAAGAAUUAUCGCUUCUUUAUCAUUUCUUGUUUGUUUCGUCAUUUGUUCUUUUUAUCUUCCUCAUAUUGUGUCCUUUUGUAUUUUUACGUCACUCUAUUUUUUCUCAUCCUAUGUCUAGCUUUUGUUUUGUUUUAUUGUACCGUGUGUUAGUAAAUUAUUUUGCUCUUGUGGUUCUGCUGAGCAAAUUAUUCGUCUUCAUCUAGUUUUAACUUACUGGAUAACUUUGAUCUUGAAUAAGUCGGUGUUUAAAGUGGUUGUUAAGUGAUAGCUUAAAGUUGACUUCCAAACAACCAGUUUCAGCUUGUAUCUUCCCUCCAUUCACUUGGGUUUCGGGCAACAACUUAGUGUCCUUAACCUUCAAUAAAACUGUAUGGUAAAUUCGUGUACGGAUUCCUGAACUUGGUUUCCAAGACUCAUUCAAUAAUAAUUGUAAUAAUAACAACAGUAAUAAUGUGACUCCUGAUAAAUGGUUGUAGAUAAUGUACAUAUUAGACGUAGACUAUGUAGGAAGUAGCAUGAACAUAUAUCAUUCUAGAUUGUCACAUCGCAUUACAGCUCAACAAAAAUGGAAAUUAAUAACAUAAAGUGUAAUGGGGGAGAUAAUAUUUACCUCAACGGAGAGCUAAAUAUAACAAAUAUAGUUGAAAAGAAAAGAAUUUCAUUCAAUGACGAAAAGUAUAAGCUGAUACGAAAUCCAAAAUAUUAAAGAAAAUGGUGAAUAUAUAGAACUGUCCUUUUGUGAUUAGUUUAGUGUCAUUUAACCGAACAUGUUUAACAAUAAAUUACGAUUAUUUCUCAGAUCUCAACAUGAAAACUUACAACUGCCGAACGUGUCUUCAUGUCUACCAAUUCAAAUAUAUUGUUAAUGGUUUAUUAAUCAAAGCUAUUGAAUGCCUUCCAUAAUAUGCUAAGAAUUCCUCGUUUUGGAAAUACAUUUUAUCAUAUUUCUUUCAUUUUUUUAUUAUUUAGCAUUGAACUUACUAAUUCACGUUGUGUUUUACAAAAAGAGGUGAAGGAGUUAGAAACAUUGCUUGCUACAUAUGACAAUAAAGACGGCGAAUAUCAUAAAUUAGUAAAAAGAUAUGUUGAUUGUCAACAACAAUUAUCUUUACGUUCUACAUUAUUACACGAUAAUGAUACUAUACAGCUUAAUCGAAGAUCACAUAAGAACUUUUCAAGUCGUCGAUCAUUGAGUGUUGACGUUAUAACUCGUAAAUAAUUAAUUUAAAAAGUUCUGUAUAGUUUAUUUCGAAAUUUCGGUAAAAUAUAAUGUUUUGUAAUCUUG